AAUAAUGUCACAAAUUCAGUACCAAACUAAAAUCUUCGUUAGAUUUGUCUAUGUUAGUUAUUUGGAAUAAAUUGUUAGUGAAUUUUUGAGUAGAAAAAUAAUCGUUUAUUGAUUGUUAUAGAAAUAUUGUAAUCCUAUUAUUUGUGUAUGGAGCGAUUGAAAUGUCUCAACACGGUGCUGCUUUGCAAACUUAUAAUCAAGAACUUGUAAAAUGUUUAGAAGAAAUGAAAUUGAGACGUACAGACCUACAAAUAGAAAUUGAAUCACAAGAAGAAGAGAAAAAUCAUUUGCAGAGAGAAAUAGAAAAGUUAUCUCAUAAAUUAACAUGUUUAAAUGAUAGUUUAACUAAAAGAAUAGCUGUCAGAAAUGAAUAUGAUAGAACUAUUGCAGAUACAGAAAUAGCAUAUGUGAAGAUUUUGGAAAGCUCACAACUUUUACUAAAUAUGAUUAAAAUAGAAGCUACGAAUUUAAACCAAACAUUAGUUAAAGCUAAUAUGGAACAACAACAGUGUCAAUAA